AUGUCGGGUGAUAAUGCCACGCUUCGAUGGGUGCCUUUGGAAUCCAACCCAGAGCUAUUCACAGAGUGGUCCAAAUCUUUGGGUCUAGACACUUCGCAGUACGCCUUUCACGAUAUAUACGGUCUGGAUGCCGAACUGCUAUCCAUGGUUCCCCAACCAGUUCAAGCUGUCCUGCUCCUUUUUCCCAUUUCUGAAGCGUACGAAAAGAAGAGGAGAGAAGAUGAUGAGCUUGUCAAGGAGGGAGAGAGCGAAAAGGAUGGAGAGAUUUGGUUCAAGCAGACU